AUGGGGCGCAAUUACGAUAGCGAUGGAUUAAAACCAUACCCGAUAAAUGCGUAUGCAUUUAAUCCAUAUGAUAAUCAUUUUAAAUAUCCAAUUUGCAGAAGGAAUGUCGGAGAAAUCUUUUAUUCCAAUUCUGCUCUUAGAAAUAGACAGACUAAAUUUUCUCAUUUUUGUAAAGCUCCAAGAUAUCAAUUAAGAAGGAUUGAAAGAAAUAAUGAAAUUCCCGUUUUUCAUAAAGCUCCUAAGAUUGUUGAAGUCCCAGAAAUCAGAGAAAUAACCAAAUUUGUAGACAAUGUAAAAAUAGUGGAUAUUCCAAUUGAACAAGUUAGGCUCAUUCCUAAAAUAAAAAUAAGAGAUGUUGAAAAAAUUAGGCACGUACCAGGCCCAAUAGAAUAUAUUGAUAUUGAACAAGAACACAUUGUUCAUAAGCCAUAUAUAAAAAUAAUAGAAAAGAUUCGUGAAAUUCCAGAAAUUGAAGAUGUUAAUAUAGAGGUACCAGUUUAUGUGCCUACACCUGUAGGUCCUCCUGAGGAUAUCUAUAUUAAUGUUCCUUUACCUUAUGAUGUUCCUCAAUUUUGUUAUAAGCCUGAUCAAGAUAUUAUUAACCCUAUUUCCUAUCAAGCUGUGCACAAUAUGAACCACAAUCCUGAUAUAUAUAGUAAUGAAGGUGCCAUAAAUGCUGAUUUUCAAGACAUCGAUCAGAAAAAAACAUAUUCGGUCUAUCCACAAAAAUAUGAUAGUCGAAAUAACGAAGCAUAUGAAUGCAAUAGAAAUUAUAAAAAGGAAUAUGAUGCUCCUAAUAAUACAUAUGACUUUGAGAUAUAUAAAAAUAAGGAUAUACACAAAGAAGAACAAAGUUAUGAUAAAUAUCUUAGAAACGAUGAAUCUCAUAAAAAUAUAAAAAAUAAUGAGUAUAAUACAAAUGGAGAAAAUUCAUUCGAGAAAUAUUAUUAUUCUUAUUCAAAGGAUAAUGGUUACAAAAACGAAAAUUAUGAAAACGAUCAAAGCUAUACAUAUGAUUACGAACAAUUAUCCCCCAAUUAUAAUUCCAAUAAUAAUAGUGUAGCCGAACUUAUUGUCAAAAAAAAGAAAUAA